GGCUUUGUUGAUUCCCUUCUAGAAAAGAUGAUGGAUGUGACAAGUUCUGAGGCUGGCUCGAUUGCUUUGAUCGAUCAUUCAAUUGAAAAAGUCCAGGAAGUACUUGUUUGUUUACGUUCUUUGCUGUGGAAAAUUGUGGAGCUGCAAAAUGAAGAUGAGGAGGUCCAGGCAAUUUGGAAUCGUAUUGUUGGGGUGGCAUACAGGAUAGAGCUUCUUAUUGACUCCUUAAUAACUGGAAAUAUCUUAGAUUCUUCUUCAAUGUCUAUUCAUUCCAUUUUAGAAGAAAUGAACAUCAUUAAAGCUGCGGCCUUGAAGAUUUGUGAUAGCGAAAGACUUGGUGGAAAAGUUAGCGAAGUAACGAAGAGAUUCAAUCACAUGCCACAAGAAGGAAGUAAGCCAAUAGUCAAUGAUGUGGUGGUGGGAUUCGAGGAUGAGACGGCAUCGAUAAUCAAUGGACUCAUAAAUGGAUCACGCCAAGUGAAAAUUGUUUCAAUUGUGGGCAUGCCGGGAUGCGGUAAGACAACUUUGGCUAGAAAAGUGUACAAUGAUUUUUCAGUGAAGUCCCAUUUUUAUGAGCGUGCUUGGUGUACUGUUUCUCAAAUAUAUCAAAAGAGAAAUCUGUUGCUUCAAAUUUUGACUUGUAUUGAGUCCAAGCUUCCUGAGGAUGUUUUUAAGAUGGGUGAAGAAGAUCUGGCUCUUCAAGUCAGAAGACGUUUGCUGAAAAACAGAUAUCUCGUUGUUUUGGACGAUGUAUGGGACAUUGAUGCAUGGAACGGAUUGGAAGCCUCAUUCCCUGAUGAUGGAAUUGGAAGCAGAGUUAUCUUGACAAGUCGGCUCCGUGGUGUUGCUCCGCAAGCCAAACUCGACCAUGAACCGUAUUCUCUUCCUCAACUCACUCCUAAUGAGAGCUGGGAUUUGCUAAAAGGGAAGUUAUAUCCUGGACAAGAUUUGGCUCCUCCAGAACUAUGUGAAAUUCGACAGCAAGUAGUGGAAAUGUGUCAAGGACUACCUCUUACGGUUGUCAUUCUUGCCGGAAUUCUCUCAAGGAUGGACCGAUAUGGUUGGAAAGAAGCUGUGGAAGGUUUACGUUCAAGGAAUGUUUCUAGUACAGAACAAUGUACCGCUACAUUAGAGCUGAGUUACAAACAUUUACCUGAUAAUCUGAAGGCAUGUUUUCUUUAUUUUGGAGCCUUUCCAGAAGACCAUGAACACAAUACCAGGAGGUUGAUUUCUCUAUGGGUCGCUGAAGGUUUUGUUCAAAAAACUCAGCUCAAGAGAUCAGAGGAUGUGGCAAAUGAUUACCUGAUGGAACUUAUUAGCAGAAGCUUAGUCAUAGUUUCGAAACCAAGAUCCAUUGAUGGGGUCAAAACUUGUCGCAUUCACGAUUUGUUAUAUGAGUUUUGUGUGACAAAAGCCAAAGAAGAAAAGCUUUUGCAGCUUGUUCGUAGGUAUGAUGACUUAUCUGCUUGCACUGUGCCAUGCUACCUACGCCGCUUAUGCAUUAUUGAUUCUAAGGUCGAGCACUUUGACAACUUGAGGUUAUUUUCUCCUGCCAUACGCAGUCUAUUUUUAUUCAGUCACGAUGAAGACAGUAAUAGUUUUGACCUUCGAUUCAUUUUUCACAUCAUCAAACUUGUCAAAGUGUUAGAUUUGAGCCAAAUUGGACUCGACCCCUUUCCUAGAGAGGUAGAACUGCUUGUUCACUUGCGCUACUUGGCGAUUCUAGGUCGAGGUAAAAUCAGUCUCCCAUCAUCAGUAUGCAAUCUCCCGAAUUUGGAAACUUUGAUUUGGCAAAAUUCUUCAACUCAUCGUUCAGUUUCACUACCAGAUACCAUAUGGAACCUGAAGAAACUAACGCAUUUACAACUAAUUGAUGAGGUCGAUAGGCAUUAUUGUUUUUUUUUCCCUAGAGACAAUCUUGACAACUCGUCACAGUUGCGUGACUUAGAUUUCUUGUCCUGUUUGUCUCUCGAUCCUGAGGAAAACAUCAGCAAGCUGUUGAGAAAGUUUCCAAAUAUCCGCAAACUGAGAUGCUCUGUCAAUCUCAAGCCAGAUGUUGAACAUCAUGUAGCAAUGGAUUGUCUAAGUCAGUUGGAAUCACUCAGUCUGAGUCGCGUCCUAUACGGUUAUCAGCAAUUUCAUAUAGAUUUCCAAUUUCCUUUGAGUAUUAAAAGAUUGACCCUGACUUAUUUUGGCAUGCCGUGGAGAAAAAUGGCAGCAAUUGGAAAUCUGCCAAAUCUUGAGGUGCUCAAAUUACUCGAGGAAGCCUUUGAGGGGGAAAUAUGGGAAAUGGAAGCAGAGAAGUUCCCUAAUGUUCGCUUCUUGAAAUUAGCUUCCUUGAACAUUGUGAAGUGGACAGCCUCCUCCGAGUAUGAGUACGAGGACCAGGACUAUUUUCCUCGUCUCCAGAAGUUAGUGUUGGAAAGCUGUGAUGCAUUGCAGGAGAUCCCUUCUUGUUUGGGAAAUAGUUCAACUCUUGAAAUAAUUGAGGUGUCUAAAUGUCCCAACUGUACCAGUUCAUUGGAGGAAAUUCAGGAAGAGCAAAGAAGCAAUGGAUAUACCGAUCUGAAGAUCCUUAUCUCAUAAUGGACGAUUGAUCUUCUCAAUGGAGCAAAUUCAGGAAGAGCAAUUAAGCAGGGGAAAUACACUGAUCUGAAGAUCCUUAUUUCAUGAUGGAUGAUUGAUCUUCAUUCUACUUUUCUUUUUUAAUCCUUUACUUCUGU